AUGUUCAACGGUAAAAUAAAGAUUGAGGAAGCUUUUUCCUUGCAUGAAGAACCUGAACAAGAAAGAACUGAAAGCUCAGAUGUUUCCUCUUAUGGAAAUGAUAGUGAUGAUGAAGACUAUAUACCCGAUGAAGAAGAUGAUUUUUCAAUGAAUGAAGAAGAAAACGUAGAUGAUGUAAAUCAUGUACCAGAUCUGUCUGUGUCAUCAGCAUUCACUUGGGAGAAGAGAGAUGUUGUGAAAAGCAAUCCCCAUUUCAUUAGUAGAACUGGUCCCUCUGACGAAGUACUAGCCCUGAUGGAUCCAUCUCCUGUUGCAAUAUUUCUCCUACUGUUACGCAUGGAUUUUAUUGAAAGAAUAGUUUCUCAAACAAAUUUGUAUGCCACACAGAUGCAAAAGCCAUUCACCCCUCUGGAGCUAAAAGAAUUCCUUAGGUUCUUAGCUAUUAAUUUAUUGAUGGGAAUUAAGCGUCUCCCUAGCUAUAGAGACUACUGGUCAUCUGAUCCAGAUUUGAAUGAUCCAUUUAUUUCACGACAGCUGUCCGUCAAACGUUUCUCGUGGAUUUUAUCUCACCUACAUUUGAAUGAUAACAGUUUGCAACCGAAGAGAGGAGCACCUGGAUAUGACAAACUCUACAAAUUGCGGCCUCUGAUUUCAGAGCUCUCAGAAAAGUUCUUAUCUGCCCUUCACCCACAUGAAAAUCAAGUAAUUGGAGUGUCGGCUGCAAAGUUCAGGCCACGUUGCGGCUUGAAGCCAAAGAUUGACCAAACCGGCUACAAAAUUUGGUUGCGCUGUGACGAAAGCGGCUAUGCUUGUCAAUUUGACAUCUGCACUGGGAAAGCAGAAGAGCCGCCAGGAGAAAAUGUGGCUGAGAGAGUCGAGUUCGUCACUGAUUUCAUGGGUUCUUAA